UAUUAAGAGGUAAACGUAAGAGAAAUACCAAAACGGUGUCGUACGACAAGAGUCUAAAACCCCUUGUGCACAGUGCGACUAGCGGCUUUCUCUCUGUCCCGCUCCUCAGUGAAGUUCAAAGGUGGUGCUCAUUUUCCGCCGCCAUGAAGCUCGUUAGGUUUCUGAUGAAAUUGAACAACGAAACCGUAUCAAUCGAGCUCAAGAACGGUACAAUUGUUCAUGGCACCAUUACAGGUGUUGAUAUCAGUAUGAACACACACUUGAAAACAGUCAAACUAACACUGAAGGGUAAAAACCCAGUGACUCUCGAUCAUCUCAGCGUGAGGGGUAACAACAUUCGUUAUUAUAUCCUUCCUGACAGCUUGAAUCUUGAGACUUUGCUGGUUGAAGAGGCACCUAGGGUCAAGCCUAAGAAGCCAACUGCUGGGAAGCCUUUGGGGCGUGGGCGUGGCCGAGGUCGUGGACGCGGUCGUGGCCGCGGUCGUUGAAUUGCAUAUUCAGAAUUUUUGUGCCAUAUGGUUAUGUUGUAGGAAGAAUUUCUGAGCGGUCUUGUGGAGACAUCAAAGGAGUGUUCUUGCUGAUUAGUUAUGUUGGCUUUGCCUAUAUUUUCCAUUUUUUUGAACAAGUACUUUCAAGUUCUUCUGUAUAAUUCCGUCCUGAGUUCUAUAACUGAUCGAUAUUACUUUUUUAACUCCUAAAAGAUACCUAACGCCACUCAAGUCUCAACUAAAGUCUGCAUAUAUGAGCUUCUCAUAUCUUGUCGAAUUCUGAGAUUUGGUCCCCUUU